AUGGUGACAGCCGAAUCUUCCAGCGUUGCCGCUCGCAACGGCCUGAAGGCACAGCCAAGCGGCGCAGCCGCCGGCUACGAGCUGCCAUGGGUUGAGAAGUACCGUCCCGUGUUCUUGGACGACAUCGUUGGCAACACUGAGACAAUCGAGCGCCUCAAAAUCAUUGCCAAGGAUGGCAACAUGCCGCAUGUUAUCAUCUCGGGCAUGCCCGGUAUUGGAAAGACGACGUCGAUAUUGUGCCUGGCUCGCCAGCUGCUCGGAGAUGCGUACAAGGAAGCGGUCUUGGAGCUCAACGCCAGUGACGAGCGUGGCAUCGAUGUGGUGAGGAACCGUAUCAAGGGUUUCGCGCAGAAGAAAGUCACGCUGCCGGCAGGCCGCCAGAAGAUUGUCAUCCUGGAUGAGGCAGACAGCAUGACGUCCGGUGCGCAACAGGCCCUACGACGAACUAUGGAAAUCUAUUCCUCGACGACCCGGUUUGCGUUCGCCUGCAACCAAUCGAAUAAGAUCAUCGAACCGCUUCAGUCCCGCUGCGCCAUCUUGCGCUAUUCCCGAUUGACCGACGCGCAGCUGGUCAAGCGACUGAUGCUGAUAUGUGACGCGGAGAAGGUCGAAUACUCCGAAGACGGCCUUGCAGCUCUUGUGUUCUCGGCCGAGGGAGAUAUGCGUCAGGCAAUCAACAACUUGCAGAGCACACACGCAGGUUUCGGAUUCGUCAACGGUGACAAUGUCUUCAAGGUCGUUGACAGUCCGCAUCCCAUCAAGGUUCAAGCAAUGAUCAAGGCUUGCCACGAGCAGAAGGUUGAUGUAGCUCUCGAUACACUCCGUGAACUUUGGGACCUCGGUUACUCUUGUCACGACAUCAUCAGCACUAUGUUCAAGGUCACCAAAACGAUUCCUACCCUGUCUGAGCACGCGAAGCUCGAGUUCAUCAAAGAAAUCGGCUUCACACAUAUGCGCAUUCUCGAAGGCGUGCAAACUUUCCUGCAGCUGUCCGGAUGCGUUGCACGUUUGUGCAAAAUCAACAUGAAGCCCAGCCUAUUUGUCAUUCCCAAGUCUCAGUCGUAA